UUUCCUUCCACUCUUUAGCACUACCUUCAUGCAACAUUUUUAUUCUGGUCAAUGGACUGCAGCAGUAGAGACAGCAGUAUGUGUUUUAGUAGAUGUAAAUGGAGGGCCGUGGAAUAAAGAGGAGAGGGAAGAGAGUUGUUUAACAGCCUAGUCAGUGUUUUAUAAUACAGUUACUGUACUGUUUAUUGAACCCAGGACUUAAGUAUUUCAACACUUGUUCAGCGUCAGUAUUUUUGGUAUAAUUAUGUACAAAUCAUUAAUUUCCACUUUCUUUCCAUUGGUUUGUUUUUGUCUGAUUUUGUUUCAGUACAUUACUAGUUUUAUAGUAGUGGUAUUAGUAGUAGUAGUAGUAGUUUUAUAUUCAAUCUUGGUAGAAUAAACACAGAUAUACCGGAUUCUGGCGAUUGAUUCUUUAUCGUGACUGUGUGCUGUGCUCUACCUUUGAAUUAAAGCAUGCCUAAUUGUAAACAUAAUCUAUCCAUCUAAUGUUAAUAAUGGCUGUAAUUUUUGCCCCUGCCCCUUAGCAGUCUAGUUUGUUCUUUUAAAAUUCUGUUUUAUUUUACGGCGAACCGAUGUGGGUCACUUCAUGAAAAGGGGUUACCUGUGUAUGGUAAGUAAAGUUGUGUAUUACAGUUAUACAAAACAGACUGCAGUAAUCAAUACAGGGUAUAUGUAUACAUGAAUAAGAUAACUUGAAAGUGAGAGGGUGUAGCAUGUUUGAAUAAACAUCUUGUGCCCGAUCUUGAUAACAUGGGCACAAGCGCAACGUGCAAAGUCAUUGUGGUAGCGCUGAAGGGUUACCACCCGACGCAAGCGUAAUCUGACUUUGCGUCUUUGUGUCUUUGCGCUAGCCAAUCAGGGCAGAGUGGGAAAUCUGAUGCCAAAUUGUAAGACAGUAAAAAGAGUAAACAGCACUAGCUCUAUGUUAUCAGUAUCCAGCAUGGAAGAGACACCAUUGCAGCAUGAAGGGGAAUUUGACAGCAGGCGAGCAACUCGCAGACAACGGAAGGAACGCUUCACGAAACAGGAGCUUGACAUAUUACUGCAGGAGGUUGAAGCAAGGAGAACAAUAAUAUAUGGCACAAAACAUCGAGCACCCAGGGCAACUAAGGUGAAAGAGGCAUGGGAACAGAUAGCUGCAUCCAUGAAUGGUUCUUCAUCUGGCAUCCGAAGAACUGCACAAGAGUGCCGAAAGAGGUUCAACGAUGUCCGGCGGAGAAGCAAACACAAAUUGUCAUCUGCACGCCAGGCUGCAGUAUCUACAGGUGGGGGUCCCUCCACAAGCCAGCCACUGAUGUCCAUGGAGGAGAUCGCCUCAUCCACCCUUCAGCGGGAGAGUGUAAUGGGUUUUGGAGGACAAGAAGCGGGUCUUCCAUCUGCAGAUCCCAUACAACAGAGGAGGGGGGAGGAAUACCCAACUCGCCUCCGUCACACUGAUAGCCCUAGAAGGGAAGAACAAAGGGAGAAUGAGGCGACCGGUCAACAGGAGAAUUAUAUCAGGCCAGCACAGAGAUCUCCUGCCCAAAGUCCAUCAGUGCUGCCAAGUCCAAGGAGAGAGUUGGUGACAGCUCCUCGAUCCCGGCGCCGACGCCAUACCAUGGAGGAGAACUCUGAUGGUCAUCAGACAUUCCUUCGGCUGCAGCAGUCAGGUUUCAGCAUGCUUCAGAGGGAGUUGAGGAUGCUUGGGCGUAACCUCAGCUCCCGUUUUGGAAGACUGGAACACCGCGUUGUAGGAAUGGAACAGAGCCUGUUCCGAAUAAACAACAACCUAUCCAGACUGGCUGAUGCGGCCGAGCGGUACUUGUCCCGUGCCCCCACCAGUGAUGCUGCAGUCUAAUUGGAUAAAUCUCCACCCUGAUGAGUUAAUACUUGGUGGAAGC